AAUUAUUUAUUUCAAUCUGUAGACCACAUCAUUGGAUUAUUAGAAUACUUAACCCUAAUUUUAUAAUUGUUAUAAUCAACUCAGUUCACAUUAAUGCAAUCCCAGUCUCCACCAAUACAUACUAUUGUAUGGACUGCACAGUCCAUGAUCGGCCCCGCUACACACCCAAACGCGUCAUCACCGUCCAACACUAGACUACUAAAUUAGACCGCACUUUUUCCCUAAUUAUACCACGCAUUAUCCUUUACUUUCAAUUUCAAACUCAUGAACAGUAACUAUCAUCCUUGCUCGCACGCAUCUCCCUAUAUAUAUAAGCCUGCAGUCAUCGUCUUCUUCACCACCUAUCACCUCAGUUAAAUUAUCACACACAGUCCAAAAUCCACUUUCCACAGAGCAGUUUUAUCUACAAUAACUGUAACAAUGGCUACUUCUUCAGCCUCUGCAAUUCUCAAAGCCAGAGUCUCUUCUCCUUCUCCGGCCAAGCUGACUCCGAUCCCUGCUCACAAGAUUGUCUCCUUUAGCCCAUUCAAAAACCCUCUCCUCUCUCAGACGUUCAAAAUCUCCACCACCGCAUCCGCCAGAAGAUCCUUCUCCUGCAAGAGCCAGGCCGAAUCAUCAGAUUCCAGAUCCGCCAAAGUUCAGGAACUGAGCGUUUAUGAAAUAAACGAACGGGAUCGCGGCAGCCCCGCCUACCUCCGCCUGAGCCAAAAAACCGUCAAUUCACUCGGCGAUCUAGUCCCUUUCAGCAACAAGGUUUACACAGGGGACCUGAAAAAGCGUGCAGGGAUAACAGCGGGGUUAUGCGUGCUGAUAAAGAACGAGCCGGAGAAGAAAGGCGACCGUUACGAAGCGAUCUACAGCUUCUACUUCGGGGAUUACGGCCACAUAGCGGUGCAAGGUCCCUAUCUCACCUACGAGGACACGUGGCUGGCGGUGACUGGUGGAUCCGGCAUCUUCGAGGGUGUGUACGGCCAGGUGAAGCUCCAACAGCUCAUCUUCCCUUUUAAGCUCUUCUACACCUUCUACCUCAAGGGGAUACCGGAUUUGCCGGUGGAGCUGCUCGGGGAGGCCGUUCCGCCGUCCCCGGCGGUGGAGCCAACGGCGGCGGCGAAGGCCUGCGAGGAGGGGGCGACUCUGCCCAACUUUACCAAUUAGGAGAGAGAAAGUGAUGGGCACUGUUUGGUUAAUUGGGGAAUAAAAUUGUACUGUGAGGUAGCAUGAUAGUGAGAUGACCAGUCGUGAAAUAUUGUUUAGUGAUGAUAAUAAUUGAACUUUCUUGGGGAAAAUUUGUUCGGGUUGUUUGUUUAUUUGUGGGGCUCGUGUUGGAAUUUGGAGAAAGGAAUGUUUUUGCUUUUUCUGUUUACGUGCCAUAGUUGAGGGUAGUUUANAAAUAUUAUGGAUAAAAAUAAAAACCACGUAUUCUUAUAAUACGUUUGUUUAAUUGUUUUUUGAAGAAAAAACGUAUUAUGAUAAUACGUUUUAAAAUUAUAUUUGUAAAAUAUUUUUUUUUAAAUAAUUGAAAAAACAGUAUAAAACGUAUUUCAGUA